GCACAACGCUUGAUCGAAGUAUCUUGGCAACAGCUAGCUUACAACUUCGUGAGUUUUGGGAGAGAUAUUAAAUGAUAUUAUUUAAGGAGUAGAGUAAAUCGUCAGUCGCCAUGGAGAUUGUGUACGUGUACACAAAGAAGAGGAGCGAGUUUGGGCGCCAGUGCAACUUCUCUGAUCGUCCUGCCGAGCUUCAUGUUGACAUCCUUCCAGAUGAGAGCCUUGUGUCGAAUUUCAUAGAAAAGAACCCGGUAGACAGGGGGAUACAAUGUGUACAGGAGAUGUCAGAGCACGAGAUAAAUACAGAGCGUUUUGAAACAGACAGUAGAGGUAUCAAUCACAUUGAAGGAGGGUGGCCCAAGGAUAUCAACCCACAGGAGGUGGAACAGGUUCUAAGGUUCAGGAAAAAAGUGGAGAAAGACGAGUCGUACGUCACAGCCGUCCAGAAUCUGUCCAGUUUGAUGGAACAUACGAUCAAACAAAACAAUGCGAUUGACAUCUAUGAAGACUACUUUGCAGACUUGGAGAUAGAGGAGGUGGAGGAAACGCCAUCGGCGAAAACCAUCAAUGUAUUCAGAGAUCCAAAUGAGAUCAAGAGACCAGCCACUCACUUGUCAUGGUAUCCCGAUGGGCCAAAGAAACUUGCUGUAGCAUACUCAAGUCUAGAGUUCCAGAAGUCAUCACCAGAAACCAGCAUGGAUUCAUAUAUCUGGGACAUAGAAAACCCCAACAAACCAGAGUUUGUGCUGAAGCCAGUAUCACCCCUAGUCUGUCUUGAAUACAACCCUAAAGACGUCCAUAUCCUUCUCGGUGGCUGUUACAAUGGACAAGUUGCAUUCUGGGACACGAGAAAAGGUUCACAAGCGGUAGAGAUGUCACCAGUAGAACACAGUCACCACGAUCCAGUCUACAAGACGAUCUGGCUUCAAUCAAAGACAGGAACAGAAUGCUUCUCGGCCUCCACAGACGGACAGGUUCUAUGGUGGGACAUGAGGAAGCUGGGAGAACCGACGGAAAAACUCAUCAUGGACCCCUCCAAGAAGGGCAAGAUGGAGAAUGCACAAGGAGUCAUCUCAUUAGAAUACGAACCAACCAUCCCAACCAAAUUCAUGGUGGGAACCGAGCAGGGUACGAUAAUCUCGUGCAACAGGAAGGCCAAGACGCCUCCGGAGAAGAUCGUUGCCAUCUACAAGGAACACAUCGGUCCCGUCUACUCGCUGCAGAGGAAUCCGUUCUUCCCCAAGAACUACUUGACCGUUGGGGAUUGGACAGCAAGGAUUUGGUCAGAAGACAUCAGGGAAUCAUCAAUUAUGUGGACCAAAAAUCACAUGUCGUACUUGACCGAUAGUUGUUGGAGUCCCGUCAGGCCGGCCGUAUUCUUCACGACAAAGAUGGAUGGCUCUCUAGAUGUGUGGGAUUAUCUCUUCAAGCAGAAAGACCCGACUCUCAGUCUCCAGGUCAGUGACGAUGCUCUGCACAGCCUCCGCGUCCAGGACCAGGGUCGAUUGAUUGCCACCGGAUCGAAGAGCGGAACCACGACGCUCCUGGAGCUGUCCAGUGGGCUCUGCACCAUGCAGCGGAACGAGAAAGCCCUGGUGACGGCCAUGUUUGAGAGGGAAACCAAGAGAGAGAAGAUCCUGGAGUCGAGACAGAGGGAGCUCAGGCUGAAGAGACAAGGAGCAAGUGCUCAAGGCAAUGAGGAUGAUGAAGAAGCAGCACCUGAAGACGAGGAGGAUUUGGUGGCAGCCGCUGAGAAGGAGUUCUUCUCGAUCGUACAGGCGGACAAGAAGAAGUUUGCUGCUCAACAGGCCAAGCUUUCAGAGCAAGAUAAUAAGAUCAUUGAAGAGGCAGAUGAAAAUAAUGGAAGUGAAAAGAAGGACACAGAAAAUGGAGAGAAAGAGGACAACUAAAUACAAUGCAAGGUACAAAAUACAAUUAAUACUGUGU